UAACUCGUUAGCUGUUCAUUAUGGUUUUAUAAGAGAGGGGGUUGGAGAGCAUUACCAUCCCGUUUUACAGAUGUAAAAACGGAGGCGAAGAGCAACGGGUUCCUUAGUAAGCUUAAAGGAAUAGGGACCAAGAGAUUUAACCCAGAGUCUCCUGGAAUUCCUAGUCCCUAAGGCCACUCAGAAGUAUAAUGGAAUGUUGGACCGUCUUCCCUAACAUUCUACAGAGCACUUAAGAGUCAGAGAGGCGGAGGCCAGCCGGCAGCUCCAGGCCUGAGACUCAGCUCUGCCACAAAGUUAAGUCACACUGGACAAGUCACAGUUUCUCUCUGCUCAUUUCCUUCCUGCUCUCUAAAAACGGGAACAAAGGUGCUGUAUUCUUUGCAGAGUCGUGCGUGUGUCUGGAAGCUCCACUCCCUUGAGCUGCAAUUUGGUUAUUGUUGUUGUGGACUCAUAAAGGACCCCAGUCUUGGUUCCCUUGAGAAACGCAGGGAAGGAGGCACCCCCACAGUGAACGCCUCUUCUUCGCCAGAGACGCCUGAGAAUUCGCAUCAGGGACACUUCACAUCAGGGACAGGCCGGGGCAGAGACCCUGACCUGGGGGAGGGACGAGGGUUGCCACGAGGAGGUAGGAAGGAGCCCUGCACAGGCGGCUUGACACAUGGGCCCUAUUCCUGCCUCCAGCUCUGACUCAUCUUCUGACGCUUGGGGGAGGAGAGGUAGUUGCUUGAUAUUUUUGGCUUUCCCCCAUAAAACUGGAGACAGUUUCCUUCACUCCAAGUCGUUUUAAUGUCAGUGUUGAACGUGUCUGUCCUGAGUUCUCAUCUGAAAGCUUUCAUAUCGGUUGACUGCAGAUCUGAUUUGUGUCCACUGUCACCAGUACUGCUCACUUAGGACUUUCUGGAUCCAGACGCAGCUGCAGCGCACACUGGACUCCUGAGGAAGAAGGAGACUGUGAUUUUGGAUUCCUUGGUGGAGGAAAAUAAAACACUCUGGUCUUGCCCCCAACGAUGCAAGUGUGACUGCUGGCGUCUUCAUGAGCUCCAGAGGUCACAGCACGCUACCAAGGACUCUCAUGGCCCCUCGGAUGAUUUCCGAGGGAGACUUAGGAGGCAUUGCUCAAAUCACCUCCUCUCUAUUCCUGGGCAGAGGCAGUGUGGCCUCCAAUCGGCACCUCCUCCAGGCUCGUGGCAUCACCUGCAUUGUUAAUGCUACCAUUGAAAUCCCUAAUUUCAACUGGCCCCAAUUUGAGUAUGUUAAAGUGCCUCUGGCUGACAUGCCGCACGCCCCCAUUGGACUGUACUUUGACACCGUGGCUGACAAGAUCCACAGUGUGAGCAGGAAGCACGGGGCCACCCUGGUGCACUGUGCUGCCGGGGUGAGCCGCUCAGCCACGCUCUGUAUCGCCUACCUGAUGAAAUUCCACAACGUGUGCCUGCUGGAGGCGUACAACUGGGUGAAGGCCCGGCGACCUGUCAUCAGGCCCAACGUAGGCUUCUGGAGGCAGCUGAUAGACUACGAGCGCCAGCUCUUUGGGAAGUCGACAGUUAAAAUGGUACAGACACCUUACGGCAUAGUUCCCGACGUCUAUGAGAAGGAGUCCCGACACCUGAUGCCUUACUGGGGGAUUUAGUGCCACCGAAGCCUGCGUCAGCAGCCUGAAUGGGACCGGUGUCUGCUCCCCGCCGUCUGCUCCCUCUCCACUGUCUUCUCAAAUGGCCGACUUCUGGUUCUCCCUCAAGUGUUUUUUACACUGGGUGUUCAAAUUUAUUUUGAGAGAGAGGGAGGGAGGGAGGGGACAUAAAGGGAAUGCAUACAUUGCUAGUCACAUUUUUAAAAUUAACAUUUUGGAAUAGUGUUUAUGAAAAUCUUUAGCUUUUAAUCAUUUUUACCAAUUUGAACAGUUUAAUAAACUGUUUGGUUCUGCUCUCUUCUGAAUCUCAUGCCUUUGGCACCUUGGUAGGUGCAGGAGGAGCUCAGUGCAAAAACCACUUUGGGGCCUCAUUAACCCUUUAGAGACAAGCUUCACCCCAGGCUGCUGACCAGACAGAUGCUUAGGGAAGGUUGAUACCAGCUUCAGUCUCUACUGGAUUAGCCCUACUCUUUCCUUUCCCCUCUAUUAUUUAGUGACUCUGUAAGUUAAAAUAAAUACACCUUUAUUAUUUAGCUGUUAAGUAACUAUAAUGAAAUCUGCUGCAAAAACACUCUUGGAAUCCAUGUGCCCAAGAUUAUAUUAGCAUUAUUUUUAAUAAAUCUAUAUGCUUAACAUAUUA